UCCGAAUGGUUGGUCGACGUUCUGGUUGCUGACGACUGGUUAACAAUGCGUAACGGGCCUUAUGUUUGGUCUGCGAGAAAGUUUCCUGUCGUGUGAACCAUUCGUGUUUCCAUUCCACGAACUUCAUUUGUCGUUAGCUCAUGCACCAUCAUUCGUUAGCUUUUUCAUGGUCGCCGCGACCAAGUGUUCACGAGUUCUCAUAAUAUUUUCUUGCGAAACUUUUGGUUGCCGACGACCUUUGGUCGCCGGCGACCGUUCGACAGUACAUAACAACCCUUGUAAUGAACUUCGAUACGGAAAAAUUUAUUUUAGAAAUUGAAGCUCACAAAGCAAUUUGGGAUUCAUCUUGCAAUGACUAUACCAAUCGAGAAAUUAAAAAAGCCCAAUGGGAGGAGAUAAUAAAUAUAUUUGCGAGUGAAGAUUUUACUGAAAAGGAGAAAAAGGAAUUUGGUCUAAAUCUUCAAAAAAGAUGGAAAAAUUUAAGAAGUUGCUUUUCCAGAGAAGUACGAAGAAUGAAAAAUGCCAACAAUUUAUCUCCUGCCUCACGUAAAAGUCCUUACAUCUUUUAUAAUCAGCUUCAAUUUUUGAAAAAUAUAAAUGUAGACACAAAUACAGAAAACAUCUAUGAGGAGAAUGAUCCAAUCGAAGAUGGUACAUUAGGACCAUAUUCGAGGCACCCUACAAAGCUUAGAAAAAAGUCUACAGAUAAUACAAAUGAGGAAUUAAUAAAUAUCUUGCAAACAUCUAUGGGUGGCCGACCAUGGAGAGAAACUUUGGAAGAAGAUGAAGACCGCAUGUUUUUAUUAUCGCUUUUGUCAUCAUUUAAAAAGAUUCCCGAGCAUAAAAAGUCAUUAACGAAAAUUCAAAUAAUACAAUUGAUCGAAUCGGCUCAAUUCACGGAUAAUUUUCCAGAUUUAAAACGGCCACAAACGAAUAUACAAUUGAAUAAUUACAAGAUGCAUGAUUGUAAUCAAAGUGAUUACUAUCAGACGCAUCAUACUACCGGUCGACAUACAACAACUUUGGAAAAUCUACAACAAUCUCAACAUUUUUCAUCGUCCACGUCGUCCUCUGAAAAAUCUGAGUAUUAGAAUUCAUAUUCAUUUUCAAAUUUUCAAAUUUUAUUUCAUCAGUUCAUAUCUUUAAGUUUUAUUAUUGUAUUAUAUGUUUUAUUGUACCUGAAUAAAUAACUUAUUUUAAAAUAAGAAAUAGUUUUCCUUCAGGAGGAAUCGAAAAUAUCGUACUUCUAUUCGUGAUUGUUAAGCCUAUCGUGAGCAUUGUCAAUCAGUUGUCGACGAUUAUUGGAUUUAAGAGCACGCUAUCGCUUUUGCACGAAAACAUGAGCGACGGUGAAAAAAAAAAGCCUUGAGACUUUCAAAAAUAAUCGAGACGAAUUAAGAGAACCGAAUGAGAUAUUGAUAUAAUACAAAAUAAGAAUCGCGUUACCAAUUAAUCGGAAAAUAAUAGAUGUUAAGACUUAUCGUAAAAAUUAUUCACUAGCGAUUAUAAAUCUAUACAUGAUAGAUACAUAUAAUAGAAACCAAAAUUAUAUUUAAUUAAACUAAAAUAAUGUGUAAUAAUCUUUACACGAUACAAAGAGUAGGUGAGCUAAUUGAAUAGAUUCCAAGAGUGAAUGUUCUCUGAAAAGAUUCUUUGAAUGUUUUAUAAAGAGUGAAUGUCUGAUUAGGAUUGCCGAGUAUAGUGGUACAGAUGAACAGCAAAUAACGUACGUUGACGUACGUUAACGCACGUUGACGCACCUUGACGUACAUUGACCUACGUUGACACUCAAUAUUUUAUACUCUAUCAAACUUUCGCUACGACGGAUAUAACUACUUAUAUACAUUUUGAAAAUAGCAAUGCACACGAGCGUGUAAUGUUUCUUGCAGUUACUCCGUUGCUAUAUCGGAAUGUAAUAUUUGAAAAAUUCAUAUAUAUUUCUUUAGAUGACCUUAACAAUCGAUAAAAAAUCGGUUUCCUCCAGAUGAAAAAAUACGUAGUGUGGAAACAACGCACGUUUGUACUGCUCAUUCGCGACAACGACAACGGUGCAUGUCAUUUAUGGAUCGAUGCAGAUGAAAAGCAAAUGACAGACGAUGAUACGCGUUAUUAUUUUAACGUGUCAGUAAACUCAGGUAACAUUAAAUAAGAAAAAUUAAAAUAAUUUGAUAAAAUAUUUGUUGGACGAAGUCUUGAAGCGGUAUGAAAAUAAUUUAUUUAAAAGCGAAGAUGAUUAAAACAUUGGAUAAAUUGAGAAGACAAUUGAAGAAAGUUAUAACGACGGCGACAGUGAUUUAGAAUAUUAAAUAUUUUUAGUUUUAUAGUUUUUUAUUUUUUAAUAUAGUUUUUAAUACUUAAAUAUCGAAGAGUUGCUUGUAUUUGAUAAUAUAAAAUAAAUGAAGAUAGCAAUGUAA